AUGGAUACAUCAUCUGGCAAGUUGAGAGCAGGUUUACCUGAGCUUGGUAUUACAAAUGGAGCAAGGGGUUUUUUGAGAAAGUUGGAAUUGGUAACUGAUAAUAAUGGUCUUACGUAUUGCAAAUAUGCGUUAGUCGAGUUUCCAGAUAGUAAAGUUCAACUUGCAGGUCUACCUAAGGGAUAUUUCCCAAUUAAAUCAAGACCUCGAAGUCGUGAAGGGUUGUUCAUUACCCAAAAGGUGACAAUAGAUGAUUUGAAUUUCCCUGUUGUACCAUAUGAUCUUUGGUUUGAAGCAAGAAGAUUUGAAAUAAUGGCACAUAAUACAAAAAUUGUUUGGGGAUUUGAAGAAGGAAUUUUGAAAGAUGUACCAGAUGCAGAGGGUGAACAGAGGUUGAAUUUUUCAAAUAUACAUUAUGAGUUUACUGGAUAUAGUGGUAAGAAACGGAAGCAUGCAGAUCCUGAUUUCAAUGAGAAAAUAAGUCAAUAUAUGUUAAUCAUAUUGUACCGAGGGGACCUUCUUGGGAUAGUGGUAACUGGAGUUGCUGUUUUGACACUGCACUGGUUGUAUUAUAUAAUUGCUAUAUAUUCAGUCAUCUUCAAAACAGAUAUUUAA